AUGUUUUUCGCAAAUGGUUAUGUUGAAACAGACAGACGGGCGUCUGCUGUAAACUCCGACGAAAACGAUAUUCUUCGUGAAUUGCUUCUUGAUGGUGAAUUUGUAUCACCACGACAACUCUCUUACGGUGAAGCCUGCAGCAUUACAGCUUCCGCCUCGAUGUCGGGACUAUCCAAACGCAGCGAUAAUCAAGUCGAUGUCUCAUUCCCGCAAAUUUGCUUUGAUAAUUCGCCAAACUUCACACGCUUGCAGCCGCUUUCUAAUCGAAGCUGUACCAGCUUCUCGCUGUCAAAUCAGUCCCCGCUCUCAGCAUCCGUCGUCAACUCAAUUGUUUCGCCUCCACGCGUAUUUGUACAAGAAUUUGCUCCACUUCCUCAAUCAUUUACUCAAGAUGAUUACUUAUUGGAUUCUGAAAUGCGCAACAUCAAAUCUGAGAGAGCCACUGUAUCGUUUUUAACGUCGUGUCUUCCUCCUGCACCAUUGCCCAUGCUAUCCAUGCCUCCACAUAAGAAGAAAAGAUUGUCAAGUACGAAUUCUUUAAAUAGUGAGAGGAAACAAUUGCGAUGCAAGUUUCCAGACUGCCCAAACCUUCGUCGUUCCGCCGGGUUUUGCAAUCGUCACAGUGGUAAAGUGUGUAGUAUUCUUGGUUGCAAUAAGUCAGCACUUAGUCGAGGAAAGUGUCCUGAGCAUGGAGGUGGUUCACGUUGUAAAAGGGAGGGUUGCUCCAAGUUUGCUCAAACACGUGGUCUAUGCAAAUCACAUGGCGGAGGUCGCCAGUGCAAUGUAAGUGGAUGCAUUAAAAAUGCCCAUCAAAAUCGAUUGUGUCGGUCACAUGGAGGUGGGAAGCGAUGCGACUAUUUCGGGUGUCCCAAGUGGGCACAACGCUCUGGUUACUGCUGCGCCCACACAAAGAUGAGCUCAACAGACGACUCCGGAGUCGAUGGAGUAUCACACGCGAAUAUCUCCGCGACAGUUGCGUCAUCUCCAGCAUCGUCUAUUUGUAUGGUUUCAGCUCCCGUUUUGUCUCCAACUUUGCUGUCUCCCCAUCGCCUCUUCUCGCUUCCGUAA